AUCUCAACCAACAUUACACUUCCUCUGUUUCGGUAUUUUCCCCUUCCCUCAUUCUUUGCUAUACACAUCUUCUUCUUCUUCUUCCUCCUCCUCUCAAAGCUCUUAAAUAUUUUCUUACUUUCUACAUUCAGUUCCAUCUUUGGAUAAUCGAUAUGGCUGAGGAGGAGCCUAAGAAGGUGGAAUCGGAAACUCCCUCGGAGCCUCCAGCUCCUGCUCCUGCACCUGAAGCUGUUGAACCUCCAAAGGACGUGGCUGAGGAGAAGUCUGUAAUUCCUCCGCAUCCAGAAGAGAAGGGGGAUGACUCCAAAGCGCUUAUUGUUGCUGUUCAAAAGGCUCCGGAAUCUGCUGAGGCUAAAAAUACUGAGGGUUCUGUGAAUCGGGAUGCUGUGCUUGCAAGGGUUGAAACAGAGAAGAGGCUUUCACUUAUUAAAGCAUGGGAAGAGAGUGAAAAAAGCAAAGCAGAGAACAAAGCUCACAAAAAACUAUCGGCCAUAGAGUCAUGGGAGAACAGCAAGAAAGCAUCUGUGGAGGCUGAGUUGAAGAAAAUUGAGGAAAUUUUGGAAAAGAAGAAGGCGGAAUAUGUGGAGAAAAUGAAAAAUAAAAUAGCACUAAUUCACAAGGAAGCAGAAGAAAAAAGGGCAAUGAUUGAAGCUAAACGUGGGGAAGAUCAUCUGAAGGCGGAGGAGACAGCUGCAAAGUAUCGUGCUACUGGAACUGCUCCAAAGAAGCUCCUUGGAUGUUUCUAGACAUGAAUACUGGAGUUUGAAUGAACAUUGAAUUAUUUAUGUAUUUAAUUGUGAGUUAUUUGUUAAUUGUCGUCGUGUUUGUUUGUUCAUAGGGGAAGAUGACCACUUGUUCAAUUAUUGCCUGAUUCAUGUUGUAUAUAUACCAUUAGAAAUAUUGUUUGGAAGUUUUAACUUGUUGAAUUUAUAAGAAGUGAGAAUACAUUUUGUUUUCCCUUUUAA